AUGGCUGAACAAGAAAGCUCCGAUACAGCUGCCCAGGGGGCUCAUGAAACUGCGACAUGGGAUCCAGCUGUCGGAAAAAGAGAGAAUGGCACUACGCCUAUUCCCACGCGACGGCAGGGGCAGACAGUGUCUCAAGUCCAAGCUCCGGAGUUCACUAAAUUAGGAAACCCGGGUCCCCUGGGAUUGCUUGCUUUCGCAAUUACCACAUUUGUUGUUGGUCUUCUCGAGUGUGGUGCAGGGCUUCCUCACUCCAACCCAAAUGGCAGUGUUGGCCCUAACCAGGCCUCAUUCGGGAUUGUGGUGUUUAUGGGCGGAACGGCUCAAAUCCUCGCAGGCAUUAUGCAAUUCCGUGUCGGCAACACUUUUGGUACGACGAUUCACUGUGCCUAUGGCGCGUUCUGGCUGAGCUAUGGAAUGUUCAUGCUACCAUACCUCGGCAUUGAAGCUGCCUACCAAGGUGAUAAGAGAGCUUAUACCUUUGCCAUUGGCAUAUACUUGAUCAUGUGGUCCUUCCUGACAGUAUUGUUCUUCAUUGCCGCACUACGGACUAACCUUGCGAUCCUUGCUGUCUUUUUCUUCCUGAUCCUUGCCUAUCUCUUCCUGGGCUUGGCCAACUUUACUGCUACGGAGCAUGCCACUGCAAGCGAGAAUUUGAAUAAAGCCGGUGGGGCUUUUGCAGUUGUCUGUGCGUUUUGUGCUUUUUAUGCUGGCGCAUCUGGCUUGAUGCUGCCUGAAACUACCUGGGUGCGUUUCCCGCUGGGUGAGAUCUCAAGGGUCUAG